AUGAGUCAAGUCCAACAGAAACCCAAAUCGUUUGGUAGAUUGUAUACCAUGUACUACUUUCAUUUUCCAUUUGUUAUGCUUACGACAACUGAAACCAUGCUACUUCAUACGUUUGUAUUGAUGUUUGCCUUAUUGGUUGCCUAUGGGAUCUACGCUUAUUUGCCUUCAAGUAUCAUGUUUGCAAUCUCCAGAGCAUACUAUUAUGUUUUUGGCAUGGAUAUUAGUACCAUCAACGGUUAUGCAAAGUAG